AAUUGGCGGUUCAAUAUCGUUCUUUAAGUGUUUUCAUUUCUUUGAUUGUUUACAUUGAUUAUUUUUCUUUAAUUUUCAUCUCUAAUUAAUCUAAUACUGCGAAUUAAUUGACUCAUCUCAUCUCAAGGACAUCUUCAAUUGAGAACAUCUUCUAAAUUCUAAUGAUUCACCCUGAUCACCAAUAUCACAAUACAUGGAGAUGAUUGACAUUUUUAUGGAUAAAGUCACUUGAAGUUAAAUGUAAACAAUUGGAAAAAAAAUAUUCCCUCUUUUAAUAAUAGUAACAGUGUUGGUCUAUGUUAUUAUUAAUAAGCUGAUAAUCUAAGGAGAUUAAAUAUUAUCCAAUUAAGAGGAGAUGAGAUGAAAAUCUUAACCGAAUCAAUAUGUUAUCUUAUUUUAUUUGGAGGUGAAUUUAGGUUAACCAAAGAUGAAAGCAAAUGAAGUGAAUUCAACAUUGUCAAUAGUUAAACAGCUUCUGGCAACAAUCAAAAGUGAACAAUAAUCUAAUUUUAUCUUCUCAUCAAUUAUUAAUCUUCUAUUGAUUAAUAUUAUAUAAUUACAAAAGUUAUAUCACAAUAAUUACAAAGUGAUGAUUGUAUUUCCUAUGUUAACGUUUUUUUCACUCUGUUAACAUGCUGCAGUUUCAUGGUUUUCAAUGAAAAAAAACUUUGGCAGCAAUCAAAAAGCUUAAUUGUAAAAAUUAAGCUUGAUAACUCUCAAAAUAGCAACAACUUGAUCGAUAGUAACUUUUACAUCAAUUGAUCUCUAAUGAAUUGGAUUACACAAACCAUUGGACAAUUUAAUUGAUUUAAUAUUUCAACUCUAACCACUUUGAGGAAGGCAAUUUUCAUCAUCCUAAUGAUAAUCUUGUUGAAUGUUAACCACUUAGAACGUGAUUAUCUUAAUCAUAAUUUCAUAAUUAUUUACCAUAAUUACUAACCACCUUCACAUGAAUUCUUAUAACCAUAGUGAUUACCAGUUAACAUGAAUCGAUCGAUUUGGAAUCAGCAAAAUUGUCCACUGGAAAGAAGAAUCAAUUUAACUGAUCACUCAGCUGGUAGAUGAUUAAACCUCAUGAUGUUGUUUUCUUUUCAUGAUCAACUGAUGAUAAGAAACAACUUUAAAAAAUCAAAUGAAAUUUUCUUACAUAACAACCUGAUGAUCAUGAGAAAAUCUUAAUCAUGGAAUGAAAAUUUGCAGCAUCAAUCUACGGAAUAGAAAUGGUUAAACCUUCAAUUCUCUCCAACAAUUACCAGGGAGAUGAAAUUUGGUGGUUAAUCAUCAAACAUAAUCACAGUGAAAAUCUCAUGAUAAAAUUAAGAAACUUUUAAUCACCAUGAGCUUUGAUUAACUAAACAAGUUUUAAUCACUUUCAUCAUCUUGUAAUCAUAAACAAGCCACUGGACCUUUGAAGUUAAUCAUCUCUAUCAUUUACCUUCCUGAUUGGUUUGUUUCAUUUAAUUGUUACGAGAUAAACGUUAAGAGCAAAGUUAUUGAUGAUGGUGAUAAUGAUAACUAGAAAGUAAACAAUUAAAGACAACAACGAUUAAAAACACCAACACAAUUAACUAAUUUUCAAGAAAAAUACAAAAAAAAAGUUGAUUCAAUUGUGUAAACGUUUAACUAUUUUCAUGUUUUUCAAGUGAAACAUUUUUUAAACUUGACCAACAAUCAAAGUUAAUUGUUCAUCUUUUAAUCAACUAUUCUCCACCAUCAAUUGGGUACUAAUUGUUUUCCACCAACAAUCAAUUCAAUCCACAAUCUUUUCAUAAGAUAAUUGAAGGUCAGUGUAAUUGGACACCAAGAGAAUCAAAGAUGACUUGUAAACCACAACUUAUGAGUAAAUUCAUGUCAGGAUUGACUAUUGCUCUUGGUGGAGGUGCUGGUUUUGUGGCGAUUAAUUUAUACAAAGGAAAUGAAAAAUUCUACAAUUCUUUCGUUAUGCCGAUUCUUCAUGCAACAGUUGAUGGCGAAUCAUCUCAUCGAUUAGCAAUCAACAUGGCGAAAUAUUCAUUUCUGCCUAAUUUUAGUUCUAAAACAUCUGAACAUAAAAAUUUGAAAUCAUCACUUUGGACCUUAGAAUUUAAUCAUCCGAUUGGAUUAGCUGCUGGUUUCGAUAAAGAUGGUGAAGCUGUUCCCGGUUUAGCUAAAUUGGGCUUUAGUUUUGUCGAAGUUGGAUCAGUCACCCCAAAUCCCCAAUCGGGCAAUGAGAAGCCAAGAGUUUUUCGAUUGAAAGAAGACGAAGCGAUUAUCAAUAGAUAUGGUUUCAAUAGUUCUGGUCAUGAGGCGGUUCGCGAAAACUUGACCAAAAGUUUAUCCAAUUUAAAGCCAACCGUGGUUGGAAUUAAUUUGGGUAAAAAUAAAACCUCAACUGAUUCAAUUGGUGAUUAUGUUAAAGGAUUGGAGGUUUUUGGAAACAGUAAAUUUGUUGAUUAUUUUGUAAUUAACAUUUCAAGUCCCAAUACUCCAGGUCUUAGAGAUAUUCAAUUGAAAGAUACUCUGGAUCCAUUUCUAGACGGCAUUUUAAACGCUAAAGCAAAGCUCAACAUUACCAAACCUUUAUUGGUAAAAAUAUCUCCCGAUUUAAAUGAUUCAGAGCGUAAAGAUAUCGCCCAAAUGAUGAUUAAACCUCGACUAAGUGGACAAAAGAUUGAUGGACUAGUCGUCACCAAUACAACAAUCUCACGACCCCCAAGCCUUAAAUCUUGUCAUUCUAGUGAAAGUGGUGGUCUAAGUGGUCAACCAUUGAAAAAUUUAUCCACCCAAAUGAUUCGUGAUAUGUAUUGUUUAACGAAAGGGUCAAUUCCUAUCAUCGGAGUGGGCGGUGUUGCCGAUGGUCAAGAUGCCUACGAAAAACUUAGAGCCGGAGCCUCGUUAAUUCAAUUGUACACUGCUCUCGCUUACCGAGGCCCUUCACUUGUUUCUACAAUCGUUAAUGACCUUUCUCAACUAAUCAGUGACGACGGAUUCUCAUCUAUUGAGGAAAUCAUUGGAAUCGAUGCCAAACAAACCACGAAAUAAGAGAGCAAAAUCUUAAUCACAUUAACAAUUUAUUGCCAAUUAAUUACCUGUACAGAUAUUAAAUAGUUUUCUCCUUCCAAUAGUUACAAUUUUGAUGCAAGAGAAAAGUAAACAUUUUAUAUUAGUGAUCAACUGUUAAUUGUAUUACAAUUACUAAAGUUGACAUUUUCCAUCCAUGUAAAUCCAAUUUAUCGAUUAAAGUAUAAACUUGAUAAUUGAAUGCCAA